AGUUUUACUCCAUCACGUCAUCGCACCCAACGCAUUCCUCCCUUUCACUCAGAAGCAAACCAUACACACACAUACACACAGACAAAAAAUAAUAGAGCUGACGCACGGGGAUGUUACGGCGUACCUUGUGGUGCCUCGUGCGCCAGAAACACGGCCAGAAGGCGUGGUCGCCAAACAGCACUAGCGGCGGCGCAGCACCCACCAACGGCGUGACGGCACAGGAGGCGCUGCAAAUCGCGUACCGACCCAUGCCGCCUGCACAGACGGUGGAGUACGAAGAGGACUUUGGUCCCAGCAUGAUCAUCCACCGAGAGUUUAUCUCCGCCAAGUACCGCACCCGCAUGGCGUCCGACAUUUCUCAGCUCGCGUACAGUGACGUGGAGUUGUCGCGGUCGCGGCGGCAGCUCGCCGACGUCAUGAACCGCGAGCGACGCGGCGUCCUCGUUGGUGCUGCGGGCGAGGAAGCCGACCGCGUUCUCUUCAACUCCGACGUGGACGACACCACGCGGGAGGUAAAGAGCGCGCGCUUUCUUUUCAACGAGCAACGCAUGCAGUUCUGUGAUCGCUUUCAAACCUUUUUUCGCGAGCGCAUUGAGCGGCAGAAGAACCAGCUGGACGGCAGCACGGCGAGCGGGCAGGUGGACGCCGGGGAUGACAAUCACUUUUACUUUUCGCUGAUGGAGGCGUGCGCGGUGCUGCACGGGUGCGAGGCGGCGGAGGCUCGUGAGGCGUACUACCGCCGCUUUCUCGGGCUCAAUUUGGAUGCACUGGAGGCCGAAGAUGAAGCGCUGCGGUCCCGUCUUGUGGACGCGGCGGCGGUGGAGGCACAGCUAGCGCCGUCGACAUCAAAGGGUAGCGAGAGGGAGCAGGAUCGAGACGCUUUGUUGGCGGCGAGUUGCUCCGGCAAGAGGCCGCAAGACGGCCUCGGAGCUUCGCAGAGUGCGGCCGUGGACUCGAAGAGCUCAACAGAGGUGGUGCAGGAUAUCAUCGGCGCGCUGCCCCCGCUUUUCCCCAGCUCCCUUGCGCCGUCUACCGCAGCAGAGACUACAACACGCAGCAGAGAGGAAAAGGAGGAGGAGAGUUUGCGUCCGUCUCCGACAGCGCCGGAAGUCGCACUGGCAGCGUCGGCAUCGCUGCCUUCGUCGUCGGAGAGCGCAACUACUAACUCCACGGCACACCUCAGCGACGACAUCGCGCCACUGUACAGAGCCUACCUCGCCCACGCUCGCGGUGAGAGUCCCGUCGGCUCCUACGACACCACCACCAUCGGCGCCCACGCCGAGCACGCGGAGCGCCGUCGCUGGCGCUCGCUCAUGGACAAAAUCGCGGCCGAGGAGUACCACAACCUAACACCCACAGAGUUGGAGGACGCCUACAUCUUGAACCAGCAGCUGCACACGGUGAAGUUUUUUGAUUUGAAGGUGGGCGACACGGUUCGUGAGAUUGUGCAGCUGCUGCAGCGCGGCUCAAGCUCCUCGGCGGAUCGAGACACACCGCUGGAGACCUCGCCCACGCACCCGGAGCGGCGUAUGUAA